AUGAAAAUUCCAAUUCUUGAUGCAUAUAAAGCUGGACUGGGAGUUCCUACUGUACCACUUACCACUAGCGGACUACUCUUCGAAGAAAUCGUAGACACACAUCAAAAUGCACUCAAAAAGCCGCAGCUGGCAAGAUAUCCUAAGCACGGAAUGCAGAAUGAGACAAAUAUUGUGUCGAUGGGUCCAGGUGUCAUCCCUAAGCACCUUUAUCCGUUUGAAGAUGUGAGCUUCGAGUCAAGCAUUGGGAUGAAUGAUAAGUGUCUUGCACACAAUAUACCAAGAUCCGAAAAAGAAAGGAUCCCAAACAGCUGUGAUUUGAAUUCUGCUCUUAGCUACGGGCAAGCGACCGGCCUACCACAACUUGCUAAAAUGAUCAGAGAACAAGUGAAAAUUUACCAUGACCCGCCCUAUGCCGAUUGGGGCUGUGUCUUAACUACUGGUAGUACAUCCUCAUUGGAUAUCGCCCUUCGAAUGCUCACGGAGAGGGGAGAUUCCGUGCUCGUCGAAGAAUACACGUACCCGACAAUGAUCGAAACCUCAUUGCCGCUCGGUAUCAAGCCUGUUCCACUGCAAAUGGAUGAAUUCGGAAUUGUCCCUGAAGCGUUUGACGAAAUGCUUCGCCAUUGGGACUCAUCUAUUCAAGGCAAAGUACCAAGACUUCUUUAUACUAUACCGACAGGACAAAAUCCAACAGGAGUUACAGUGCCACCAGAGAGACGAUCACUGAUAUAUGAAAUCGCUCAAAAUUGGGGCAUUUACAUCCUAGAAGAUGACCCUUAUCAUUUUAUCCAGUUCCAAAAGCUGAAUUGCGAUGCAGAUAUUGGGCAAACAUUGCCUAAGAUGGUGGCCAAGACACUGAUACAGAGCUAUCUGAACAUAGAUUCCGAUGGUCGGGUACUCAGAAUGGAUACUGUGUCAAAGACGAUUGCACCGGGCCUGCGAAUUGGAUGGAUCACGGCUCCUCUGGAGAUAAUUGAACGUGUGACGAGAAUCCAGGAGACCUCAGUUCAAAGCCCCAGCGGAUUCUCGCAGAUAUUCCUAUUGAAGCUUCUCGAUGCAUGGUCUGAUACUGGAUUCGCGAAUCGAAUCUUGUACUUGCAAUCUAUUUUCCGCGAUCGGCGGGACGAGUUUGAGGCGGCAGUCCAAAGGCAUCUUCCGCCGGGUAUCAUCACUUAUGCUAAGCCUACCGCAGGAUUAUUCAUCUGGAUCAAAGUCAAUUUACAGUAUUACCAGUAUUUCCGCCAAAGGGUCCCCGCAGUUAUUGAGAACGAAAUAUAUGACAAAGCGAUUGAAAAAGGAGCAUUAGUGAUACCUGGAAGCUGGUUUCGAGCAAGUACUGAUACUGAAGUGCAAGAGGUUACUUUCCGUCUCUCUUUCGCUCCAAUCCCGGCUGCUGAUAUUACAGAGAUGGUGAAAAGAUUCGGUGCGGCCCUUCGAUCGUUCGAUCCUGAACAACUCCAAGUUGGUAGGAUUGAACAGACCUGA